AGAAAGAAGUUGGUGUUCAUAGACAUAGUUGUUACAGGCUGGACGGUGUAACAGUCUGUGUCUGUGUGUGUGUUCAGUUUAACAAAUGGAUCAAGCUGUCCACUGAUCUGUAACCGUGGUGGACUCGACAAGACAACAACAAUAUUCAGAACAUUAACAAGACCACACCACACCAUGAGCGUCAUCGACAUUCUCACCAGAGUUGAUUCCAUUUGCAAAAAGUACGACAAAUACGACGUCCAAAGCCAAAGGGACUCCAAUCUCUCCUCCGACGAUGCAUUCGCCAAACUCUACGCCUCCGUCGACGCCGACAUUGAGGCCUUACUUCAGAAAGCAGAUACCGCUUCCAAGGAGAAAAGUAAGGCAUCCACUGUGGCGAUCAAUGCCGAGAUUCGUCGAACCAAGGCUAGGUUGUUGGAGGAGGUUCCCAAGUUGCAGAAAUUGGCUAUGAAAAAGGUAAAGGGGCUUUCAUCACAAGAAUUUGCUGCCCGUAAUGAUUUGGCUCUUGCAUUGCCGGAUAGGAUUCAAGCUAUCCCAGAUGGGACCCCUGCAGCAUCCAAACAAACUGGAAGUUGGGCAGCUUCAGCCUCACGUCCUGGAAUUAAAUUUGAUACAGAUGGGAAAUUCGAUGAUGAAUACUUCCAACAAACUGAAGAAUCAAGUGGAUUCAGGAAAGAGUACGAAAUGCGUAAAAUGAAACAGGAUCAAGGUUUGGAUAUGAUCGCAGAAGGAUUGGAUACUUUGAAAAACAUGGCACAUGAUAUGAAUGAGGAACUGGAUAGACAAGUUCCACUGAUGGACGAGAUUGAUACUAAGGUGGACAGGGCAUCUUCUGACCUUAAAAAUACCAAUGUUAGACUUAGAGAUACAGUGAACCAGCUUCGAUCCAGUCGAAACUUUUGUAUUGAUAUUGUUUUGUUGAUUAUAAUUUUGGGAAUUGCUGCUUAUUUGUACAACGUGCUAAAGAAAUGAUACGGCAUAGAAGACCAUUAGAUCAAUUUGUAUGGCUUAUCAGUAUUUCUUGUAUUUUCUUGGUAAUAUCGUGGUGUGACUCGUGUCUGCUUCUUUUUAAAACAAUAUUUUUGGACUUGUUCCUGCAACUUGAGAGAUGCACUUGUCCUUUAUCAACAGAUCUAUAUGUCGCCGUAUUAUGUCAAACAGUGUAGAUUUGUAUUUAUACUUGUGUAAUAUACUAAUUCAAUGUUUGCCUUGAGGAUAUUUCAAGUAAUCUAUUUUCAUUUA